AUGGAGAUCCUCACCGCCAUUAUUCCUACAAUAAUCGAGUACACGGUUAAACCAGUUAGCCGGCAAGAGGGAGCAACAGUUAAGGAAGAUGAAAGAAAAGGUAAACGAAUUCAUACUGAUAUCCAAGACUGGCAGAAAGUAGCAGAUGAGAUGAUUGAAGAGGCAAAUACAAUUUUUGAAAAAGAAGGCCGAGCAAAUACAAAGUGUUUCCGUGGAGUAUGUCCUAAUCUGAUUUCCAAUCAUCAGCUCAGCAGGAAAUCAGCAAAAUUGGCAAGAAAGAUUGAACUCCACCAUGACCAAAAAGAGUUUCCCAUUGUUUCAUACAAUGCUCCCCUAGAAGAGAUAUGUGCCACGCCCUCUCAAAACUACAUGGCCUUUGAAUCAAGGAUUUCAAUGGUGAAGGAAAUCAUGAAGGAAUUUAAGAAGCCUGAUUCCAACUUGAUUGGCGUUUACGGUUUGGGUGGUGUGGGGAAGUCCACACUGGUCAAAGAAGUUUAUAGACAAGCUACAAAAGAGGAGUUAUUUGAUGAUGUGGUUAUAGUAUUGGAUGCAAAACAGUUUCCAGAGCUCGAAAGAAAUGAAAGAAUUCAACAGAAAAUUGCUGAAAAGUUAGGUAUGGAAGUUCAGGGAAGUAUGGAUGUGCAUAUAUGGAAUAGGAUAAAAGACAAGAAGAGUCUUAUAAUUUUAGAUGAUGUUUGGGAAGCAAUUGAUUUGGAGGUUUUGGGACUUCGCCCAAUGGCGACUUGUAAAAUAUUGUUGACAUCUAGAAAUCGAUUCUCUGAGAUGCGUACUCAAAAAGACUUUCGGCUUGAUGUUUUAGGCGAGAAAGAAAGUUGGGUUUUAUUUGAGAAGAUGGUGGGUGAUGUUGUUAAAGAUGGCCCUAUAAAAAAAGUAGCAACCCAAGUAGCCAAAAAAUGUGGAGGUUUGCCUGUUUUAGUUGUUGCAGUUGCAAGCGCUCUAAGAUCAUGUAGUACUUUAGAGGUAUGGAACGAUGCUUUAAGGCGCUUCAAAAGUUUUGACAAAGAGGACUUGAAAGACAAAGCGUACUUGGCUAUAGAAUGGAGUUACAAUCAACUGGAUGCUAAGGAGCUUAAGCCAUUGUUCUUGCUAUGUGGAAUUACUGCAGGGGUUGGUUGUUCAAUUUUCCUCAGUGACUUGUUGAAAUAUGCUAUGGGUUUGAAUUUGGUGAAAAAUGUUGAUACGGUGGAAGAUGCACGGAAUGCGUUGCAUUCAUUGGCUGAAAAACUUAAAUAUUCUUGUUUGUUGCUAGACAUUGAUGAUGAUGGAAGAGUAAGAAUGCAUGAGCUUGUACGAGAUGUUGCUGUCUGGAUUGCAUUUAAAGAUAAUCACGCCAUUGCAAAAGCAUAUGGAGAUGAGCUGAAAGAAUGGCCAGAUAGAAAUUCCCUUAAAAAAUGCACUGCGAUCUCCUUGAACUCUUGCAAGAUCCCCAGAUUUCCAGAAGAACCUUGGGUAUGCCCAGAAUUGAGACUUUUUUAUUUGUUAAAUCAUAAUAUUGAUGACUCCUUGGAAAUCCCAGGCAACUAUUUUGAAGGGAUGAAGGAACUCAAAGUGUUGGAUGUAACCAGACUGCGAAUUCCGUCACUGCCUCCAUCUCUUCAAUCCCUAACAAAUCUUCAAACUUUGUGUUUAGAUCAGUGCGUGUUGGGGGACAUAGCUCUAGUUGGACAGCUAACAAACUUGAAAAUUCUUAGCCUUAUGAAGUCCCAGGUGAAAGAGUUGCCCAAAGAAAUAGGGCAAUUGACUCGUCUACAAUUGUUGGAUUUGACUCGUUGCUCUCAACUUGUACGGAUCUCACCUGGCGUUAUAUCAAGCUUGACAAGUCUAGAAGACUUGAGAAUCGGAAGCUUUAAGAAAUGGGAAGGAGGUUUAAAUGAUGGAAGAAGUAACGCGAGCGUGUCAGAGCUGAAACAAUUGCAUCAACUAACUGCAUUAGACAUACAUAUUCCAGAUGCUAAGCUUCUUCCAGCAAGCAUGUUCUCGGAUACGAAGUUAGAAAGAUACACCGUACUUAUUGGUGAUUGUUGGCUAUUUCCUUAUAUUUACGAAACCUCCUCUAACAUGUUAAAACUCAAGCUCACUACAAACAGUCAAUUCGACCAAGGUAUAAAAUCGCUGCUAAAGAGAUGUGAAGAUUUGGACUUGGAUGGGAUGGAGGCUGCAAAUGUUAUUUCCUAUAUAUUAGCAAGUGACAGUGGUAAACAACUGAAGAAUCUCCAUGUCCAAAACAACGAUGCUGUUACAGCUGUCAUUAACUCGAGUCAUGCCUUCCCCAACUUGGAGUCACUAUCUCUUUACAACCUUGUUAAUUUGGAAACUGUAUGUUGUGGCCAACUCAUAGCUCAGCCUUUUCAAAAGUUACGAUCUUUGACUUUGUGGAAUCUGCCAAAGCUUAUUGGUUUCUCCUCCAAAGGCAGCAGGUCAGUUGUAACUACAGAGGCCGAAGAAAUAAUUUCGGAGAAUGAAAUUGGUGGACCCACGAAACUUUUCAUGGAUGGAGAGGUUCUGAUACCCAACUUAACACGCUUGAUCUUGCAUCAAUGUGAUGGUUUAAGAUUCUUGUUUUCAUAUUCCAUGGCUAGACGUCUUGAGCAACUCAAACAUCUUGAGAUAUCCACAUGCCAAAUGAUGGAAGAAAUAGUAUCAACAAGUGGAUACAAUCAAGAACAUAGAGAUAACAUGUUUUGCAAUCUAAAAUCUCUAAAUCUGCAACAUCUUCCAAGCCUCACUAGAUUCUACUCCGGAAGUUAUAUUGAAUUUUCAUUAUUGGAGACAUUGCAUAUUGAGGAUUGUCCUAGACUGGGGACAUUCAUCUUUGAUAGAAAGAGUGAAAUUACUUCAAUAGGCAAAGAAAAUGACGAUAGGAACUCCAAGGAGAAUCUUGAGACUGUUAUACCACGCUUUCUUUUUGAUGAAAAGGUAGGAUUUCCUAGCUUGGAGAGGUUGAUCAUCUAUGACCUACCUGCACCGAUGACAGUAUGGCACAACCAACUUGCUCAAGACUCUUUUUGUAGACUGAAAGAAGUUAACGUUUACAGAUGCCACAAUCUAAUAAAUAUCUUUGCACAGAGUAUGAUGGGAAGAUUGAAUGCUUUGUAUAGAUUAGAGAUAUGGCAGUGCCAGUUACUACAAGUGGUAUUUGAACUCGGAGGAGUAUUUGAAGCAUAUGACACGUCAACCACUCAGUUGAAAACUUUUGAGUGCCCAAAUCUUGAUUUUGUAGAGAUAGAUGCGUGCGAGAGGUUGAUAAAUAUAUUCUCAGCCUCUGUGGCCAAAGGUCUUGAACAACUAACGAAGUUGAGUGUUGAGAAUUGUGGGUCGAUGGAGAUUAAUGUGAAGGAAAAAGGAUUAGAAGCAACGCCUAAGUUUGUGUUUCCAAAGGUAACAGUUGUGAAGUUUGAAAAUCUCCCCCAACUUAGGAUGUUCUAUCCGGGUAUGCAUGUUUCUGAGUGGCCGUUACUCAAAGAACUGGAGAUGACUGCAUGUGAUAAUGUGGAGAUUUUUGCUUCCGAAAUUUCAAGGUUUCAGAAAAAGCUUGAAUUGGGCCUUCAGUGUACACCAAUUAAAUAUCCUCUUUUUUUAGUUGAGAAGGUUCUGAUGCCUAACUUAACAAGCUUGGUUGUGCGUGGAUGUAGUGGUUUGAGAUUCUUGUUUUCAUCUUCCAUGGCUAGAAGUCUUGUACAACUCAAAAAUCUUACGAUAUCCAGGUGUCAAAUCAUGGAAGAGAUAGUACCAACAAACGAAUCCAAUGAGGAAGAUACAGAUCAUAACAUGUUUAGUCAGCUACAAGAUCUAAAGCUACUAUAUCUUCCGAACCUCACCAGAUUCUGCUCAGCACGUCGUUCUAUUAAUUUUCAUUCCUUGGAGGUAUUGCAUGUAGAGGAUUGUUCUAAAUUGGAGACAUUCAUCUUUGAUCCCAUGAAUACAAAUAUCACAAUCAACAAAGCAACUGAAGAGAUCAGGGACUCCAUGGAGAAUAUUGGGACUGAUGCCUUUCUUUUUGACGAAAAAGAUUUCCCAGCUUGGAGAGCUUGA